CGAUCAGUAGCCACCCAACCCGUGUGAGUGAGGGUCGUGUACUGGCAUAAUUUUAGCUUAUUGUUCAGGCACGUCCGACGUUGGAACUCGUGGAUAAUCCUGUGUCUGACCAGAAGACUGUCAGUGAGCGCUGGGUUAAAACUUUCGAAGUCCAAGCUCCUGUUGUGAAGAACGCGAGGCAUUAUGAUGGAACCGGAGAAUCCUACGGUUAAGGAUCCUGCCCAGGUGGCAGCCAACAACCGCCUGGCGCAGACGCAGCAGCAGGUGAACGAGGUCGUGGACAUCAUGAAGACCAACGUGGAAAGGAUUAUGGAGCGAGAGGACAGACUGACGGAGCUGGACCGGAGAGCUGACAACCUGACGAUGAGCGCGGCCGAGUUCCAGACGACCUCCCGCAAACUGAAGAAGAAGUACUGGUGGAAGAACACCAAGAUGACCCUCAUCCUGGCUUGCGUGAUCGUCGUGGUCGUCGCCAUCAUCCUCAUCGCCUGCUUCGGGAUCCCGUCAGGAGGAGGAGGAGGCAGCAGCGGCGACGGAGGAGGAACAACAGCUGCUGUGACGACGGCUGCUCCGACGCCUCCUGCUUCUACGGCUUCUUGAGUUGGUCUGGAGCGACGGGCUUGAGGGAGAGGGUUUUAGUUUAUUAUCUUUAUUAUCUUUACUGUUAUUGUGAUUUUUAUCGUUAUGUUAUUUUUAUUGUUAUUGU